CACUGUUGUCGUCAAAGUUGUUCAUAUUUUUUAACACAGUAUUUCAUGUUUUGAAUGACCGUCUUUGUCGUUGAAUAAUGUGGACAUUGGCCGUUUAAAUUUCCCGGUACACAUUCCCUUCCGGACCGUCGCUUCCUGCCGAGACCCGAUCAGAAACUCACCGACUAUCGACAACUCAUGGUUCCGCUGUGAAAAUGGCAGCUAGGCAGCUAGCUAUAAAUGCCAUAUGAGCCGCUAUCUAUCAGAGGAGAGAAGAUAGGUUAGUUCUAACUCUACAACGGGAGUAUCUGGGGGAGUUUGUGACGGGAAUUUGAGGAGUGACUCGGCAGAAACACAAUGCCACAUUUCCUGUGGUCGGAGCCGCUGUCAACCGCUCAACUCAAGCGGCUGGAGGAGCAUAAAUACAGCGCGUCGGGUCGGUCUCUGUUUGAGCCACCGUGUCAAAUCUACUGGAACUGGCUCAUCCAGCAAAUCCCGACAUGGGUGGCACCAAACACCUUGACCAUAGUUGGACUGCUGGUCAACAUAGUCUCCACGAUGGUGCUUGUGUAUUAUUGUCCCACAGCAACGGAGGAGGCACCUUCGUGGGCCUUCAUCAUGAGCGCUCUGGGCCUCUUCAUGUAUCAGUCUCUGGACGCCAUCGACGGGAAGCAGGCGAGGAGGACAAACAGCAGCUCACCGCUCGGGGAGCUCUUUGACCACGGCUGUGACGCCGUCUCCACAGUAUUCGUUGCUGUCGGAACGUGUAUUUCUUGUGGAAUAGGAAGAUACCCAGACUGGAUCUUCUUUUGCGGUUUCAUCGGCAUGUUUAUGUUCUUCUGCGCUCACUGGCAGACCUACGUGUCUGGGACACUCCGCUUCGGCCUGAUCGAUGUGACAGAGGUGCAGUUCGCCAUCAUCAUCAUGUAUGUGAUGACAGCGUUCGGAGGCGUCAGCCUUUGGCAAGAAACGUUGCCUGUCCUAGGAGUGCCGCUGUACUACUUCCCCAUCAUCGGCAUCAUCGGAGGAGCCCUCUACUCGUGCUACAACUAUUUCCACGUCAUCCUGAACGGAGGUGUUGGCAAAAAUGGCUCCACUGUGGCUGACACCAGUGUGUUGAGUCCUGGUUUGCACGUCGGCCUCUUCCUCACCCUGGCCUUCAUCAUCUUCAAGAAGUCAUCAAGUCAGCUGUUUGAGCACCACCCCUGCUUGUACCUGCUCGCUUUUGGCAUGGUCAUCUCCAAGAUCUCCAACAAGCUGGUGAUCGCACACAUGACAAAAAGUGAGCUGCACCUCCCUGACACGGCCUUCAUCGGCCCCGGCCUCCUCUUCCUCAACCAAUACUUCAACAGCUUUAUUGACGAGCAUAUAGUCCUCUGGAUCGCCAUGGUCUUCUCUCUACUUGAUCUGGUACGCUACUGUACGGGCGUGUGCCUACAGAUCGCCUCCCACCUCCGCAUCCAAGUCUUCAGCAUCACGCCGCCGAGCCAGUCUCACCGGGACUGACGGCUUGCCCGGCGGGAGGAGGCGGGGGGAGACGCUGAUCUCUCUCCGCUCCUGAAAGCAGACGACCACGAGGAGAGACCCUCGACCCCGAGCCACUGCAGCCUCGACAAAGUGACCACUUCUCAAUGAAACUGCCUCUUUCCCACCCGAUGGAAAAAUAAAAACCAAACUACAAACCAAAAGGAAAAAAAAAUAGGAGUUUAAAAAAAUCUUUGCAGAGCAUGGAUCUGUGAAAGGAGGAAUAUAUAAAAAUUAGAGUUCAUUGGCUUUUAAAUUUACGUUAAACAUUAGUGCGUAUUAAUAAUCAAGAUAUUUACAUCUCCUUGCUUAUUCAACCUAAAUACCAAAAUAUUACUUUAACAGGUAGUUACAGCUUGGGCAGAUAUCAAAGCAUUUACCUGCUUUAAGGUGUGUGUUAAACCUGCUGGAUUGUCACACAUUCAACACAUCAGCAUCAAACAAAUGUGACAACAUGAAAGAUAAAUCUCUUUGAUAGCUGCCCGAACUGAACGUAGAACCUGUCUUCUAAACCUCUUGUUUUUAUUUAUGAAAUGAAUGUGACUAAAUCUGAUUGAAUCAGGGCUUCAAAAAUUCAGAUUUUAAAGAAAUGACCUUUAAAACCUCAUAAUUUCUAAUGCAGUUUUUAAUGUGGGCAGGCAGGGUGCUGAUGGCUUCGUGGAGGGGGUUGCAGUCUGUGUUAGUGCUGAAAACAACGACCGGUUUUCAAAAGGCUUCUCUCUCACAAACACACCUUGCUUUUAAUACGUCUUACUCUUCUGUUACUCAUCUCAUCCUUCAGUCCUGGAAAGUCGAAACAAAAACUCACCUCCAGCCUUUGGUGCGCCGGCGAUUGAUGAAGCAUUAACACACGACUUGUUCUGCUUUCUCUGUUCUUCUCCCUGAAGGGCUAAAUGUUAAUUAUUUGUGAUUGUACAGAGUUCAACUAAAGACGCCUUAAAUAUUUUUGUUGUAAUUACUGUUAAACUUGUGAAUAUUUAAAACAGCUUUGUAUGUUUUUUUUGUUUUUCCACUGAGGUAUCAUACCACACACAAUAAUAGUAAAAAAUACACUAUACAUGUAUUUUUUUUUUUAAAUGUUCACUCAUGAAAUUCUUCACCACUACAGAGAAAUGUAAUGUAUGGGUGAGGGGUCAGUUUUUUCAAGAUUUGUUGCAUCACCAUUAAUUUUAUAAUGAUUUAUCAUCACUGAAUAGAUGUAAUCGGACAAACACAUGGUUCAGGUUCAGUGGGAUCAAAAGGGAAAAUACUUUAGUGCCGCUAAACAAGUUAAGAAAAAAUGUUUUCACGAUUUUAGUUUUUAAAAAAUGAAGUGAUUUUCUUUUCUCAGAUUCUGCUCAUGCAGGAUUAUGGACAUUAUAGAGGGGCAUACCCCCCCAAAAAUGAUGAUUUUGCAUAAUCUACAAUGGACUUUUGUAACUAUGCAUCGAGUAAGAUCUUUGAUUUCAACACCAUGUUGCACUGUAUGAUAACACAGAAAACAUUUCUACUAACAAAUAGGAGGGAAAAGAUUGUAAUAAAGGAAAUAUUUUUCAUGCAA